AUGCAGGCGUCGUCUUUGGUGGACAAGUACGCGUUCCUGGAGCCCUGGUGCUCGGUGCUGCGGGGCCGGCUGGCCACGGAAGGACGCUUCUCGGACCACUCGGCGCUGGGCGAGUACUGGUGGGUCUCGGUGCGUCCUCCGCCGUCGCUCAUGGCCAUUCUCAAUCGAGAGGCGACCGACGUCCGACUGCUGCGGGAGGCGCUGGAGCUGCUGAGUCUCGUGGCUGUAGUCGACAAUGAAGCCUGGAAGCUGCUGCUGUUGGAGCGCUGCGGCCUCAAGCUGGACAACGACGACGAAUCGCUGGACGGGGAGUUCAUGCCGAGGUUCCUGCUGCGGUUCGACGCCGAGCACCUGCGCUACAGCGCGUCGCUGCCGGCCUCCACCAUCCGCCAGUUCUUCCUG